UUAAAGCAGACACCGAGAUCUGACUGAUUGUGAGAGGCGAGUGGCUUGAAAGAGAAUUUUGAUUUCGUUGCUUAACUUGGAUUAUUUCUAUUCGGUGUUGAAAUCACACUGCUGAAUAUCAUUCGUAGCACAAGACUUUCUAAUAAAUCACAUAUAUGGCAUUUCCAUACUUGAGCCAACCACAUCUUAUUCGGCACUCUAGUGCAUUUAAGUCACAGAGCAGCCAAUAUCUGGCAGUGAGCGAGCGGCACAUAUCAAAGCGUUUGCACUGAGAUAUUUGAAAACGGAGUCGUGUGGUGAACGCCUGCGUGUCCCUUUUAAAACAAAUCCAGGGACUGUCAAUCAUCGCGCAUUCCGACCAAUCCCAAAGCACCGUUUUUUAAAAGCUGGUUUGCCUGCUGUGCUUUUAUAUUGCAGUAUGGCCUGGUUCGGAGCAUUUUACUACCACGUUAUUGCCACAAAUCAAGAGGGCAAAGUGAACGGCAUGGGACUCACACCAAUCUUAACGAACCUCGGUCCGAUUCUUGCGUCUGAGAGGUUUACAGGCAAUAACUGCACAUGCAGAUGAUACAGCGGGGGGAAUGGGGAAGAGUUUUGUAGGUAAAUCGUAAACUUUAAAGGUUGGUUGAUUUGCCAAGCCCUCAGCCAAGCUUGCAACAAAACAUGACAAGCCUGUCGCGGUUUAGUGGCUGCCCUCUUUCUUGCGUCAACCCUGGGGAGAGCAAUACUGAACCCAGCGUGAUGCUGCCACCUUUGGCAGAGGAGCACAUGGGGCACCCCACUGGCAGUUCCUUAAAACUCUGCCCCUCGCAAAAUUUGCGAGACUACCACGAGACGAGGGCCAGUGCAUAUGUUGACCACUCGGUUACCCAUUUUCCAGACACUGGAUACACCAGUCAUCGCUUAGAACCCAGUCCUAGGGGCAUUAUCAUUGGGACAAAUCUGUCAGCAGCAGGCAUGCCACCAGUAACUGAUCAGCUGGCUUCGAGACCAACCCAACAUGGCAAUAUUGGAAGGUACCGUGACCUCCACAGCUAUAGAGAUGGCAGGAGCCACGCGUUCUUCACCGCCUAUCAAGAGCAGGCCCAUGGCUCGUCAGACGCAACCCGAGAUCUCAGCAGCCAAAUGAUGUUGGGUCUACCAGGAGAUCUUCUCUCACGAACGCACCCGUACGGGCAGCCGGUCAGUGGCCCCAGGGCCAACAGCCAGCAGCUUGUCACCCAGUUCUUGGAGUUCUAUAAGCCUCUGAAUAUGGCCAUGCAGCGAGGAGGGGGUGACGCCUUCCUCAGGUGCUCCAGGCAGAAUCCAAAACACGAGCUCGUGUGCAAGUGGAGUGACGGCCAGGAGGGCACUGGCAAGCCGCCCUGCGCCAGGAGUUUUGGGACCAUGUAUGAACUCGUCACCCAUGUGACGGUUGAGCAUGUCGGAGGACCGGAGCACUCUGACUACGUUUGUCACUGGGAGAACUGCCCAAGAGACAGAAAGCCUUUCAAAGCCAAAUACAAGCUCGUCAACCACGUCAGAGUGCACACAGGAGAAAAGCCCUUUCCCUGCCCUUUUCAUGGAUGUGAAAAAGUUUUUGCCAGAUCCGAAAACCUCAAGAUUCACAAGAGAACGCAUACAGUGCCAAUCUGAUGAAGUGUCAUUUAUAUUUAGAUGUGAGAGGAUCAGGGUUGCUUCAAAACAGAUGCCCACAGACGUCAUCAGUACCUGUGUAAGUAAAAAAUAAAAUCACAGAGCAGCAGCAGUAGUUGCAGUAGAGAUAAAUUGUUUUAGCCGUCGUGACCCACCAGCUCUAUCAUGUCCGUCUGCCACAAGCCAGGCGUUCCAGUUUGGCUGCUGAACGCUGGCCUCGAUGAACUGUAGGGUCAGCACACCUCCAGCCCUACUCCAGCUUGCUAUUCAUCCUCUACCACACUGGGGGCACCUGGCACCCCUCCCUACCAUGGCAGGCCAGAUCAAUGGUAAGAUCCAUUCGAGCAGAAUGACCGGAGGUCGGCAUCAAAGGCCCCCUGCUUGUCUCGCUGCCACCUGGAGCUCUGUGAGGGUCAUGGGCCGCCUGGGCUUCCACUGCCUCCUCUCCCCUUCAGCUGGCUGGGUACACUGACUGGAGCCCGGGCAGGGAAUGAGCUGGCUCUGCCCUGGCCCAGCAGCCCACAUGGGGAGAGGGCCAGAGGUCAAGCCCAUCAGAGCACUUUGCUUCAUCUGAUGAGAGGAUCUGGUCUGGUUUUAAUGAGGCAACACUGAUUCCAUGUCUCUUUAUGCACGUGAGCAGGCCUAAUGUGUGGAUUGUACUAGACGAGAUGCUGUGAUUUUCUUCUCAAUCACAGGAUGAAGAGAAAGUGUCUCAGCUGUUCACAGGUAGAUUUAAAUGCAUGUUGCAUAUUUACAUUGUGUUCAUUUUCAUGUUCAAGAAGUGCUGUAAAAUGCAAGAGUUUUGUAUGGAUUGAGGAUCAAAUCAAAAUUUCACUCAACACAA